AUGAAAUUAAUCUGUCUGAUGAUUUUUAACGAUCAACAAUUUAAUCUAUUGCAUAUUACAUCAAAAUCAUUUAAUAAUUUAACCCAUGAAGAAGAAUGUGGUCCUGUUGUUAUAAGACAAAAUCGUGUCUGUUAUAUCAAUAUUCCAAGAAAAUUAACAGAUGAUAUUAGCAUUUAUACAGAAGAAGUUCAAUUACUUUAUCUUGUUCUACUGAAUGCAUUCAGUGAAUUUGGACAAUUCUAUGAUGAUAAAGAACAAUCACCUAUAUGGCCUUUACUUGAAAAAUCCGCUAAAAAUUCAGCUAAUUAA